UUAACACAAUUAGAUUUAGAUGAUUUUAAUGUUUUAGAAUCAGCUGAGUUAAUUCCUGUGUGGAAUGAAGUACAUGUCAAAACUGUUGACACUUUUAAAAACUUGACUAAGGAUAAAACAUCUGCGGUGAUUUAUCAACAGCUAUUUUAUUCCCAUUUAUAUAAUUUUAACGACUUUUAUGUGUUAUAUACAGAUGGAUCAAAAUUCAAUAACCAUGUUGCUAGUGCGGUUGUGCACAGCGCAGGAGUGCUAUCAGAGAAACUACCUUCAAAUUUUUCUGUAUUUUCCUCGGAAUGUUACGCCAUUCUUCUUGCUCUACAAUUUCUUUCAAAACAAAUGCACAAAAAAUGGUUUAUCUUUUCUGAUUCAAAAAGCUGUAUCGAUGCUAUAAAAAAUUUCAGCAGUAAAUCUCACUCUACUAAACCACAUAUUUUAAAUUUAUACAUUGAACUCACGAACAAUAACUAUGAAAUAAUAUUUGGUUGGAUCCCUGGACAUAUGGGCAUUAAGGGUAACGAAACAGCAGACUCAAUAGCCAAAUCGACCCACAAUCUUACGAAUAAACCACACUGUUUACCUGACAUUCGAAAUUUAGUUGCAGAAUCUCUUACCCAACUCAGACAGGCCAACUGGAAUAAUGAAAUAAACAAUAAAUUACAUGAGAUCAAAUCAGAUAUUAAACCAUUUGCACCAUUGACUAACUACAAUAGAAAAACCCAGGUACUUAUCAACAGACUACGCAUUGGGCACACCCGCUUGACACACUAUUUAAUUUUAAAUGAAGCACCUCCACAAUGCAAUUUUUGCAAAGAGUCUCUUACA